ACAAUCGAUGGAGAGGAUACGGGUUAGUCGGUUUCAUCCAUUUCUACAGCUCGUCGUUUCUCGAAGCGCGCCGAGCGUAUCCUUCCGUGCUUCGCGAUGGUGAACCUAAGGAACGAAGACGUCACCGACGAGGGUGACUUGACGUUUCGGACAGAGAACGAUAUUUUGAUCGGCGAGGAGGCGCCGAUCCACACGGAAUGCACGAAUGUCGGGGCGCUGGUGUUGGAGAAGCUACGGAGCAGGCCGGAGUUUAUCGCGCAGGUGGAAGCGGUUAGUGGCGCGGAGACCACUUUUGCAGAGAUGACGGAGAAAAGCGUAAAAUGCGCGCUGUGGCUGAGAGAGCAGGGUGUUCAGCCGGGUGACAUAAUCGGCAUUUGCACUCACAAUCAUCUGGAGUCAUACGUGCCGUUACUCGCGGCGCUCUACCUAGGCGCCAUUAGCAACCCAUGGGACAACGAACUUUCUCCGACGACCGCGAGUUAUUUCCUCUUGCUGACGAGGCCGAAAAUAGUGUUCGUGAACAGCGAAUCGGCCGAGUGCCUGAAGCAGGUCGUCAAAGAGCGCGACAUGGACACCAGGCUGGUGGUGUUCGACGCCUCGGCCGGGUCCGUCGAGCACGCGCUAACAUUGACGGCUGUCCUGCGCUCCCAGGACGCCGCGGCGAUUGACGAAUUCGAGUGCGCGAAACUGACUGGGCCUGACCACGUUGCCACUAUCGUUUGCUCGUCGGGCACCAGCGGCUUUCCGAAGGGCACCGAGAUCAGUCACGCGGCCAUGAUCAAUUAUAUGGCCCACGUGAAGAUCCACGAUCUCAAGGGACACGUGUCCAUGUGGACGCCGUCCAUGCGUUGGUACUGCGGCCUGUUUAUCGUCAUCAAGGCGAUUCUCGAUUGCUCCAGGAGAAUCAUAGUGCCGGAUUACGACGACGACGAGGGGCUGUGCCGCUUCAUCGAGAAGUACGAGGUAUCCUGGUUUAGAUGCGAUUCCUGCUUCCCCAUUCGAUUGGUGAAGUUCGGCGUAUUAAGCAAGUACCGACUACCAACAUUGAAAAUCCUUUUGUUCGGCGGCGCGCAUUUCAAGGGGGAGCUGCAGCAGAAGCUGGUGAAACUUUUGCCACAUACCAAUGUCAUACUGAGUUACGGAAUGACGGAUUAUGGUGGAUUAUGCGCCCGUCAGACGAAAUACAGUAAACCAGGCAGCUGCGGAUUUGUGUGCGAAACAGGACGGCUGAAAGUGGUCGAUCCUAACACGGGAAAGGUCUUGGGGGCCAACAAAACUGGAGAAAUAUGGGCCAAAUCGUCGUACAUGAUGAAUGGAUACUACAACAACCCUGAGGCCACGAAAAGAGCUCUCGAUUCGGACGGGUGGUUGCAUACCGGCGAUCUCGGUUACUACGACAACGACGGCGAAAUCUUCCUCGUCGACAGAAUGUCGGAAUUCAUCAACUACAGAGCUAUCAAAAUAUCGCCCGCGGAGAUCGAAGCCUUAAUUCAGCAACAUCCCGCAGUUCUCCAAGUCGCUGUUGUGCCGGUGCCACACAGCGUCGACGAGCAACACGCCAUGGCUUUUGUCGCGAAGGUGCCCGGCAAGGAGGUGACGGAACUCGACAUAACCGACUUGGUGAAGCAGAAUAUGCCGUGGUACUGCAGGUUACACGCGGGAGUUAAAUUCAUGGAAAGGCUGCCUCGCACAGCCACCGGAAAGAUCGCCAAGAAAGAGCUCAGACAAAUCGCCAAGAGUUAUGUUACGGGCUGAGAGAGAAGUCGCGUUAUUAGAAAUAUCACCGGAUCGCGCGUCAUAUUUAUAUCGUCAUUCCCGACUCGUGGCACUUCACACACUUGCUUUUCUGCGUAUGCUCUGUAGCAAUGUUGUUCUCGCGUCAUGUGUCUUUAAUAAAUUAAUUUCAUGCAACUCCAAAGUAAAUGGCGGAGCACUAUUCUCUAUUAUAUUUGCAGAGUACCGUUUCAACGCAUGUACACACACGUGGCUCGCGCCGCGUAUUUAUUAGGUGAUUACCGAUGAAAUAUGAUAUUACGAUAGUGUAACGAUACGUACAUUAGAAUACAUAUCGCAAGGUAUUUAUAAUAAUAAACCAAUUAAUACAGCAUUAUCGGGGGAAUGGUUCAAAUAGAAACUGGUCCCGUUCGUUACAGCACGAAUAAAUCCAUUACGCAUAUAUUUGUGCGUGCACGCCUGUGGCCGCCGUCCUCCCGAUACGUACAAAAUUCACUCGCGAUAAGAUCGCGAGUGAAUGUCACCGAUAAGUAGUACGUGUAUGCGUAUGUGUGUUCGCGCGCGUACAAGAUAGCAUUAUCUACGGGGCAUUUUUCAGAAAGAGGUCCACGCACUUAUUUCGCGUCACUGGUUAUCGCUGGAUACAAAUGGACAUCGUGAACGGCGUAGAAAUACCACGAUACGAAAUAUCAUUACAAUGUUGUAGUUCGAAACGGCGGGAAUUGUUCGUCAAAAGGACGAAACCCAAGAGAUUCCCCGAACGUCUCGCUCGUCUAUUUCACUCGCCAUUGGAGCGGUUUUCCCGUCGCAAAAAGUACGCAUUUUUUACGUUUUAUGCAAGUUAGCACAAACAUUU